GAUUCUCGAAGUCGUCUCCUGAUCAUUGAAUGCGACUGAUCUCAAUCAUUUCUUCAGUAUCCCAGCACUGCCAUCUCCAGGUAUGCAGCAAAAAGAAACACCAACUAUACAUAUGAGACCUAUAUUUUCUCUUCGAAAUGUCUCUCACGCCUCUUAAUACUGCAAUCCGCGAUAAGCAUGGGUUGCUGUCACCUGUCGCAUACGACGAAGAUGCUUCUUCCCUACACAGCAGAAGCGACCAGGACACCGACAGCGAGGACGACAAGCUGAUGGCCCGCGCAAGAAACAGCCGGGAGCUUAGGGCACGCGACCGCCUGGUUCUCAUGGAAGAAGAAGAGAUGGACAAGCUGGUCGCAGAGAGCCGAGCAAAGCAAGAGACGCAAAGGCGUGGCAACGGCAUCAUCAUCCCCAACCCAUUGCGCAUACUUAGAACUGGAAGCCAGAUCCGGUCCAAUUCAACCCACGCCGCAGACGUAAUUAAUAGCUCCGUCGAUGAUCUCCACCGGGACAAAAGAAGAGGUCGACGAACACGGAGGAAAGAGAAGAAGGACCGACUAUUGAAAGAAGCUCGACAUGGUGAAGAUGGCGCGCUCAUGUACGAGAUGGAGUCAGGCGCCCUGAAGGAGGGAAGCUCAACCGGCGAAAGUAGCGACAGGGAAGAUAGCGAAGAACUCGACCGCCAAAGAUUGUUGAUGCACUCCGACCAGAAGACGGAAAAGAGAAAGAAAUGGAGAAAAUGGGUCUUCUUACACACACUAAUAGCCGUCGGGUUUGCGUUCUUGAUGCUUCUUGCGUGGAAACUAUCUGUCGACAAGAAGCGCGCGACGCCGCAACUCGUCAGCAACGGUACGGCCCUGUUUGCGCCAACAACGCUCAUCAUCAGCCUUGACGGAUUCCGAGCCGAUUUUCUGAACCGGGGUCUUACACCAAGACUCAAUGCGUUCAUUAAGGAGGGCGUGUCCCCUCUGUAUAUGCUACCGUCCUUCCCAUCUGUGACGUUUCCGAACCACUACACACUCGCGACUGGUUUGUACCCAGAGGCACAUGGAGUGGUGGGGAACACGUUCUGGGACCCGGCACUGAAAGCCGAGUUUUAUUACACUGACCCUUCUCGGAGCAUGGAUCCCAAGUGGUGGGGCGGCGAACCAUUCUGGGUGACAGCAGAACGACAAGGAAUCCGCAGUGCUAUCCAUAUGUGGCCGGGCAGUGAGGCACAUAUUGAUGAGUUGGAGCCCAGUUUUCUCGACCUUUACAAUGGAAAGGAGAAAUUGCCAAACAAAGUGGCAAGAAUCCUCGAACUUCUCGACAAGCCUGGCAUGGAAGACCCCAAAGCCGAUAUCGAAGACAUGCGGCCACAAGUCAUAGCAGCAUACGUCCCCAAUGUUGAUGCUGACGGACAUAAAUAUGGACCAAAUAGUACCGAGAUUCGAUCAACUAUCAGCGAAGUCGAUGUGAUGCUCGACCAGAUAUUCCACGGUUUGGAGGUGCGAAACCUGACCGACAUCGUCAAUGUCAUUAUUGUUUCUGAUCAUGGUAUGGCUACCACUGAUGUCUCCCGCAUGCUUCAACUCGACGACUUCAUCGAUAUGAAUCUUGUCGAUCAUCUCGACGGGUGGCCAUUGGUCGGGGUCCGGCCGAAAGACCCAGCCAACGUGCAGACGUUGUAUCAGCAAGCACUCGAUAAGGGCGAGGAUAACCCGAAUAUAGAGAUCUAUCUCAAGGAAAACAUGCCAGAGCGUUAUCACUUCUCAAAGAAUGACCGUAUCGCACCCCUAUGGAUCAUCCCGAAGACCGGGUGGGCUGUCGUUACUAGAGAAGAGUUCGAUAUCGAAGAGGCAAACGCUAAAGGCUUGGUCUAUCACCCCCGUGGUCUUCACGGAUACGACCAUGAGCACCCCCUGAUGCGAGCAAUUUUCAUCGCUCGCGGACCUGCUUUCCCGCACCAGCCAAAUAGCAGGGUCGAACCAUUUCAAAACAUCGAGGUCUACAACAUGCUCUGUGACUCCGUCGGGAUGGAGCCCAAGCCGAAUAACGGAACUCUCCGUCUUCCGCUCAAACCUAUUGGCCUCCAUGAUUCGGAGACAGUUCUCGAGAACCUCGACGACCCGGUAUCUGCAUAUAAGCCUUCGUCAUCGUCAUCAGCGCUACCUACAUCAACCGCCGUGGAAAGUGUGACGGGUGUAAUGUCAAUUUCACCAGUCGAAACGAGCUCAGCAGCGGACGCAAGCGAAGGCCCGCCGACAUCUAUUGGCGUUGACCCCGUGGAUUACAAGCCGAAAGAGCAGCAGCCGCCGUCUGACGAGAAAGAGGGAGAUGCCGACUCGAAGGCUGCCUCUAUCAAGCAUGCCUGGGACUGGUUGACAGGCAAGCUUGACGAUUUAUGGUCAAAACUCACUGGAUCGAAGUCAGAUGAAUCCAGAUGAUUCUCUUGGCUAUAUUUCGGUCUGAUUGUUUAAUAAAGCUUUGCAUCAUUGUACUUUCCACCAGAAUAUGGAACUGGGUGAUCAUGCCCGUUGGGCAUCAA